AUGCAAACCUAAGACCUUGUUGAAUAUUUAGAAUAAGAUGUCAAUAGCUUUAAUUAACUCUUCACUUUCAUUCCUUAUCAACCUUCAUUCUAUAAUUAUAUCACCAAGUAUCAAUUGAAAUCAAUUCAAAUUGAAUUAAAGAGUGAAGAAUUCUUACCAUCCAUCAUUGUUAAUGAUAAAUUGCAACAUAAAAUUAAGUAUCAUCAACAAUUCAAAUAAGCAUAUGGAUUAACUAAUUCUUUUGAAUUUGAUAAUACAAUAUCAAUUGAUAUUAUUUCUUAUGACAUAGAAGAAACUUAUAAAGAGUAAAGAAACAUUAAUUAUUAAUUAGAAAAUUGGAAAAUGAUAAUAUGUAUCCAAUCUUAUUAAGUUUUGCUGUUACUAAUUCAAAUUGGAAUAUUGAAUCACUUGUUCAUUUUCUUAAUCAGAAAGCCUGUUCAUAUAAUACAAUUAAUAUUGAUCUACUCUAUUUAAAUUUAUUUAGAUUUGCUUUAUAUUUCUAAAAAUCUAAUCAAAUCACUACUUUUCUACAUUAUCCAUCUAUCAAAUUUAGAUUAUAAGAAAUAAGACAUACUAACAAAUUUGUUGAAACUCCUUUAACUAAAAUGAUUACAAAAUCAAGAUCAAGUCAAAAGAAAGAAAAAGUUCAAUAUAAAUUUGGAUUUCUCUCUCUAGAUUAAUCUAAUAGAAUUUUUCCUUUAAUGAUUUAAGAUCCUCUUAUCUUUUAAUUACCUUUAAUAGGUACUUGGUUAUAUUCAAAUGAUCCAUAUGAUGAACCAUUAAAUAAUAGAUAAUAUAUUUGGACUAUGUUAACAGAAUUUAUAUGUAGUCCAUACAUUACCAGAAGAAUCUGUAAAGAUUAAUAUGAUUAAUUUUUAUUCAUUCAAUUUCAAAAGAAUCAAUCUCCACAAUUCUUUGAAGUAAGUAUUCAAGAAGAUCCUCAAUAUAAAAUAGUAAGAUCUUAAGAGAAAAUACUUAAUCUUGAUAAUCAUUAAAUUGAUCUAGCUUCUGCUCAACCUUUUAAUUAAAUAGAUAAAGUGGCAGAUCUAUAUAAUCCUAUAAACAGUACUAAUCAGAUCUCAAAUAAAAAUUCAAUAACUACUUAAAAUAUUAAUAAAUAGAAACUUUAAUCUGCAGAACCUAUUUAAACUAUAGAGUAAUCAUUUUAAUAGGAAAGUACAGUUAAAUAACCACCUGUUCCUUAGCCUUUAGACUCUAAUUAAAGUUAUUAAUCUGCAAACUUCCCUUAAAAUUAACAUUUAACUGAAAGAUUAGUUAUUAUGUAAUCUGAAUAAUUGAAAUUAAUGUAAACUCAAAUUAUAGAUUUGUAAAGAGCUUUACUUCAUUAAGUAUUAUUAAAUAUUAAUAAUUAGAUGCAAAAACCUUAAAUUUAAUAACCUAUGAGUCCUCCAAGAAAUGAAUAAACAUUUCAUCCAUCAAAUAAAAGAAUGGGAUUACCUGUAUAAAAAAUAGAUUUCCUAAGUGAAUAAUUAAAAUUAAAAACUUAAUCCAAAAAAAAAGAAUAAGAAAUAGAAGAAAUAGCUUAAUAGAUUUUAUGUGAUAAGAUAGAAUCUAUGUAAAAUUCUACAAGAAAUUCAAUUAAUAAAUUAAUCUCAUAAAAUAAUUCAAAUAACUCUGAUAAUUCUAAUCAAUUUAAAAUUUCAACUAAUAAAAAAUAAUCUUUAGGUGAUUUAAUUAUAUCUAUGAAGGAUAGUGAUAUUAAGAGACAAAUUAAAAGAAAUUAAGCCAUGAUUUAAGAUAUCAAUGGUAAUACUUAACAUGAAAAUCAUUAAUAUCAUUCUUAAUCUUUAUCUCCAUUUUCUCUACAGAAUUAAUAAUCUAAUCACUUUUUAUAGAUUCAAUCCCCAAAAUUUAAUCAAUAAAAGGAUGUUUCAUAAUUUAAUCAUAUGACUAUCAAUACAUACUAAUAGGAAAGUCCAAUCAAAUAUGUUAGAAUUGAUUAAUUCUCUUAAUAAUUAUAAUAAUAACAAUAAUAGUAAUAAUAACAAUAAUAAUAAUAAUAAUAAUAAUAAUAAUAAUAAUAAUAAUAAUAAUAAUAAUAAUAAUAAUAAUAAUAAUAAUAAUAAUAAUAAUAAUAAUAAUAAUAAUAAUAAUAAUAAUAAUAAUAAUAAUAAUAAUAAUAAUAAUAAUAAUAAUAAUAAUAAUAAUAAUAAUAAUAAUAAUAAUAAUAAUAAUAAUAAUAAUAAUAAUAAUAAUAAUAAUAAUAAUAAUAAUAAUAAUAAUAAUAAUAAUAAUAAUAAUAAUAAUAAUAAUAAUAAUAAUAAUAAUAAUAAUAAUAAUAAUAAUAAUAAUAAUAAUAAUAAUAAUAAUAAUAAUAAUAAUAAUAAUAAUAAUAAUAAUAAUAAUAAUAAUAAUAAUAAUAAUAAUAAUAAUAAUAAUAAUAAUAAUAAUAAUAAUAAUAAUAAUAAUAAUAAUAAUAAUAAUAAUAAUAAUAAUAAUAAUAAUAAUAAUAAUAAUAAUAAUAAUAAUAAUAAUAAUAAUAAUAAUAAUAAUAAUAAUAAUAAUAAUAAUAAUAAUAAUAAUAAUAAUAAUAAUAAUAAUAAUAAUAAUAAUAAUAAUAAUAAUAAUAAUAAUAAUAAUAAUAAUAAUAAUAAUAAUAAUAAUAAUAAUAAUAAUAAUAAUAACAAUAAUAGUAAUAGUUAUAACAAUAACAAUACUUGCAAUUAUCACAAUAAUAAUAAUCUUAAAAAAAAUCCUAGUAGUAGUUGUAAUCUUCAACAAACAAAUAAUCAAUAUUAAUUUCAUCUAUUCAGAAAUCAUAUAAUAAGUAUGAUUUAAUUUAAUGACUAUAGAGAGAAUAUUAUGUCCAAUAAUCAAUUAGAAUAGAGUGCUGGGUCUAAAGCUAUGCCUAAGAUUAAAUUUAAUUUAAAAGACUAUGAAGAAUCUGAUUCAGAUGAAGAAGUUAAAAAAUUACAAAUGAAAUACCUAAAGAAAAGAUGA